GAGUCCUUUUGCUGCUUCACUCUCCAAAUGCCUUCCACAGUCAGGGCUGGCCCAGCCCAAAGCCAGGAGGCUGAAACCCAAUCCACAUCUUCCACACAGGUCUGCAUGUCACGCCCACCCUCCCCAGUCCGAUUCCCUGACCCGGAUUCCCCAGGAAGUAAACAAGAGGUCACCUGGAGGAGCCAGCAGGACGGGGUGGAGAAAUGACAGUCCCUUGCUGCCGCAUUUAAUUGGAGAGGAGCACAGAGACCGAGAUUAUAAUUAUGACGUCUUAAAUGUCAAGCUCUUCAAAAGUCUGCCGUUGCCCUCCCUGUCACCCUGAACAGCUCUGGGAACCGAAACCCUGCAGCGCCCCCAGAGCGUGCCCUGGGUCUCUCAGCCGGGCUUCACCUGGGAAAUGUGAGUGACAGUGACGUGCAGGCAGCUGGAAGACGCACAGAGAACCGCGGAGCCUGGGAUGAGCUCACAAGAGAUGGAAGAGAAGAGGCGAAAGUACUCCAUCAGCAGCGACAACUCUGACACCACUGACAGUCACGUGACAUCCACGUCAGCUUCAAGAUGCUCCAAACUGCCCAGCAGCACCAAGGCGGGCUGGCCCCGGCAGAACGAGAAGAAGCCCUCCGAGGUUUUCCGCACAGACCUGAUCACGGCCAUGAAGGUCCCGGACUCGUACCAGCUCAGCCCGGAUGAUUACUACGUCCUGGCAGACCCGUGGCGGCAGGAGUGGGAGAAAGGUGUGCAGGUGCCCGCCGGGGCGGAGGCCAUUCCCGAGCCCGUGGUGAGGAUCCUGCCGCCGUUGGAAGGCCCCCCGACACAGGCGUCCCCGAGCAGGCCUGCUCCUGGGGAGGGCUCCCCGCCCGACUGGCCGGAGGGCAGUCGCUAUGACCUGGACGAGACUGACGCUUACUGGCUGGAGCUCAUCAACUACGAGCUCAAGGAGAUGGAGCGUCCGGAGCUGGACGAGCUGACGCUGGAGCGGGUGCUGGAGGAGCUGGAGACCCUGUGCCACCAGAACAUGGCGCGGGCCAUCGAGACGCAGGAGGGGCUGGGCAUCGAGUACGACGAGGACGUGGUGUGCGACGUGUGCCGCUCCCCCGAGGGCGAGGACGGCAACGAGAUGGUCUUCUGUGACAAGUGCAACGUCUGUGUGCACCAGGCGUGCUACGGGAUCCUCAAGGUGCCCACGGGCAGCUGGCUGUGCCGGACCUGCGCCCUGGGUGUCCAGCCAAAGUGCCUGCUCUGCCCCAAGCGAGGAGGAGCCUUGAAGCCCACCAGAAGCGGGACCAAGUGGGUGCACGUCAGCUGCGCCCUGUGGAUUCCUGAGGUCAGCAUCGGCUGCCCCGAGAAGAUGGAGCCCAUCACCAAGAUCUCGCACAUCCCAGCCAGCCGCUGGGCUCUGUCCUGCAGCCUCUGCAAGGAGUGCACGGGCACCUGCAUCCAGUGUUCCAUGCCUUCCUGUGUCACGGCAUUCCAUGUCACGUGCGCCUUUGACCAUGGCCUGGAAAUGCGGACUAUCUUAGCAGACAAUGACGAGGUCAAGUUCAAGUCGUUCUGCCAGGAGCACAGUGAUGGCGGCCCGCGGGGCGAGCCCACAGCCGAGCCUGUGGAGGCCAGCCAGGCCGGCGAGGACCUGGAGAAGGUGACGCUGCGGAAGCAGCGGCUGCAGCAGCUGGAGGAAGACUUCUACGAGCUGGUGGAGCCGGCCGAGGUGGCCGAGCGGCUGGACCUGGCGGAAGCCCUGGUGGACUUCAUCUACCAGUACUGGAAACUGAAGAGGAAAGCCAACGCCAACCAGCCCCUGCUGACCCCCAAAACUGACGAGGUGGACAACCUGGCCCAGCAGGAACAGGACGUCCUCUACCGCCGCCUGAAACUCUUUACGCACCUGCGGCAGGACCUGGAGAGGGUUAGAAACCUGUGCUACAUGGUGACCAGGCGCGAGAGGACGAAGCACGCCAUCUGCAAGCUCCAGGAGCAAAUAUUCCACCUGCAGAUGAGGCUCAUUGAACAGGAUCUGAGUCGAGAGCGCUCCGGGAGGAGAGCCAAGGGCAAGAAGAGUGAGUGCAGGAGGAGCAGCCGCGAGGGCCCCAAAGACAGCCCCGAGAAGAAGGAGAAAGCCAAGGCCGGGCCCGACUCGGUCCUGGGGCAGCUGGGCCUGUCCACCUCGUUCCCCAUCGACGGCACCUUCUUCAACAGCUGGCUGGCACAGUCAGUACAUAUCACGGCGGAGAACAUGGCCAUGAGCGAGUGGUCGCUGAACAACGGGCACCGCGAGGACCCCGCCGCAGGGCUGCUGUCGGAGGAGCUGCUGCAGGACGAGGAGACGCUGCUGAGCUUCAUGCGGGACCCCUCCCUGCGGCCCGGCGACCCCGCCAGGAAGGCCCGCGGCCGCACCCGCCUGCCCGCCAAGAAGAAGCCCCCGCCGCCCCCGGACGGGCCUGGCCCACGGACGACGCCGGACAGGCCCCCUAAGAAGCCCUGGGCGCAGGAUGCGUGCAGCGGCAAGGGCGGGCAGGGGCCGCCCGCCAGGAAGCCGCCGCGGCGGACGUCUUCACAGCUGCCGUCCAGCCCUGCUGCUGGGGACUCUCCCGGCCCAGCAGCCCCCGAAAGCCCCCCACCGCCGGCCCCCGAGACCCCAGACGAGGAGGCCCUGAUGGCCGCCGACUUGAAUGUCCAAGUGCCUGGCCCUACAGUGAGUCCCAAGCCCUUGGGCCGGCUCCGGCCGCCCCGAGAGAGCAAGGGGUCCCGGAGAUCGCCGGGCGCCAGGCCCGAUGCUGGGACAGGACCACCUCCUGCCACGGCCCCUAGGCCGAAGGUCAGCCUCCACUUGGAUCCCGAGACUGAUGGCUACUUCUCUGACGGAGAGAUGAGCGACUCCGACGUGGAAGCCGAGGCUGGCGCGGUGCAGCAAGGGCCCCGGGAGGCGGGGGCUGAUGAGGUGGUCCGCAUGGGGGUGCUGGCCUCGUAACUCACCCCUGGCCCUGCCCCGGGCACCCCAUCCCCCCACGGCCUCAGCCCAGUCACAACUGCCGUUUCCAGUCUCUGCUGAGUGUCCCAGACCCUCGAGGCCGUCGCUCUCGUGGGUUUUCUUUUUAAUUCCAAGCGAGUUUUGAAUUCCACACUGUCGUCUCCUCUGUGCUGGCCUAGAGAUCUCCUUCCACUGCUCUGGCCGCCGGGACCGUGCCAGGUCCUGGGCGCCGUCCCUGCCCGGCCCACGCCAUGUUGCUGGGCUUCUGGCUUGGCCAGAGGCGAGGAGAAGCACUCAGGACCCCAGCCCGCUGCCACUGGGUGACACAGACUGUCGUUUGGGCAUUAUUUCACGGCAGAUGGGCCAGCCCAGGCCUACCCCGCCUUGCCCCCAAAUCCCACUGGGGCCCGUUUUUUUUUUUUUUGGGGGGGGGUCCUGCUGCACUCCACUGGUCCCCAAGGAAAUACAAUAAGCGACCCCCAGCCAGAGACUGCUCACUGUCACAAGCACAACGAGUCUGUUUUUGAGAAAGCACUGACGGGGUGCAGGGGCCUGCGGGUUCCUGGGGAACCGGCAGCUCCUCCUGCCCGGCCCGCCCCCCCCCCCUCGCCGCUCUGCCCCCGCAGCGCCCGGCCCAGCGGCUCUGGAAAGGGGCUCCUACAAUCCUUGAGCUGUGCUGCUUACUCAGGGGACUCCCACACAGCGGCCUCCAGUGCAGGAGGCCGCCCGGGAGGGCCAGUGCCCAGCCGGGGCGUGGGACUCGGACCAGCCCCCCGCAGAGACUCUGGGGCUCCAGCUCCCUUCCUCCGGGGCCAGUCUUGGCCGCAGUCCGGUCACUCCCAGCCAGAGCUGACCAGACCGGACCGUUCGCCUUUUCAAGUUUCCUAGUCCUGCUAAGAGAUGAGCUUCUUCCUUGGUUUCCUCUUGGAAACCUCUCCUUCCAACAGGCAGUGGGAUCCCGGGGCCCUGGGUGGGCCGCUGCCGGCCCGCUGGGGCUGGCCAAAGUCUGGGGACGUUCCCGUGUUCUCUGUCCGUCCCUCCGAGCCUUAACCCCCUCUCCCACCCGUGCCCUGCCCCUGCCCCACCCCCACGGUCCUGCCUUCCACCCCACCCUCCUGCCCCACCCAUGUAGGUCCCAGGUGUGGCUUUGAAGAGCCGAGUGGAGUGGCCCCAGGGUGAUAGCUCAGGGAACAAACAAAAAGGAAUUCCGUGAAAACAUUGUUUUUUUCUUUUAUGAAUUACUCCGGGGUCACUUCUGCCACUGGUGAAGCCAGAACAUCUCCAGCAAGAACCUUGCAAAAGUCCAGUGAAUCAGUCGAAUCAUUCUAUGGAUGCCAAAGAAUAUUUUGACCAUAACACAGCACAGCCCGGACCUGACAACUUGUCACUUGGACUUUUUGUCAAGGGAGUUCUCGAGCGACAAAGGCCGGAGACACGCACGCACACACGCACGGAGACAGGCUGAGCGCGCGCGGGACAAGGCUUCCCUGCUGCUCACUUGGAGCUGGGUGUUGGGUUCAGAUCCUGGGCUGGGCGCACUGUGAGCUUCCCCGGACUCGCACUCAGCAUGGGGAGAAUCCCGACGGUGAAACCAGCAUGGAAUCGUUUUUACCCUGUGGUCCCCCCCACCCGCGACCCUGACCCAAGAACACAGAGCAAAUAACGGCCGGGGGACAGCCUGCCGCGCGGCCACCCCCGACUCCACAACUCAAGGUACGACAGUGGCAUAGUCGUCAUGGACACUCAGUUUCAUGUGAAUUUCGCAAAACAGGAAACAAAGAUACUGACUAAGUUCAGGCAGGGGCACGGGUGUCUAGUCCGAGUGGACCCCGAGGGAGCGGGUGAGCGUGGGGGCCCUGGGCGUUGGGAGGCCAGGAGCUACUGCAUAGUUAGCCCGCCAGCCCGCCUGCCUGGGCAGUAGUGACCAGUGCAGUGUCGGCGUAAGCAUCCCACCCCCAGUCUGUUUACUGCCUUGAAACAGCCCUUCUCCCUGGGCCCAGCAGCUCUCCGAGCCUGGCUGCUGGGCCGCCUGGUCUGGCCCCAUGGCAGGCAGGGCGCGGAAAGCUUAGAGAACAACCGAGCCCUGUGCAGGGGGCCGGUCCCGCGCCCCCUCCCCUCUCCAUGCCACCGGGCUCCGUGGGGGCCUCUGGGGGCUGGGGUCGGUGGAGGGUUCAGGAGAGAGCACCUGGCCCUUCCUCGGGCUGUCGCUGGGGCCGGCAGAGCCCCGGGCUGUGGGAGGCGGGCUGGCCGCUGGGCUGCCUCACUGCCAUGUCAGCUGCCUGCACCCCGAGGGAGGCCCCACGGCGCAGGGGGACCAGGAUGCCAGUCUCCAGGCCCUGACCCCUUGGCCUGCCUCCCAUCAGCCACGGCCCCUCCACUGCUUUCCUGGCCUGCUGUCCACGGUGUAGAGGGCCUCGCCGCCCCGAGACCACAUCUGCCCACAUUGGUUGCCUCCUGGCCGGGAGGCAGCAGCUGCUCCGUAACUCAUUCUGGCUGUUUUCCCACAUUUCCACCAGUCCUGGUCGCCUACCUGACCUCCUGCCCCCUCAUCACGUGACAAAGGAUAAUGUGCAAGGAAAAGUAUUUUUCUGCGUCGUAACUGUAUUUUGAAACAAGUGGGAAGAAGAAAGGCAGAAUGCUCGCUGUCUCAGACCAGCGCCGCCUGUGGGGCGUGCGUGAGCGUUUGUGGCAGAGGAGCCUCGGCCUCCUUGGGGAAGCUGGAGGGUGGGGUUCGCGUGUCUGUGGCUGGGGCAGUCCGCCUAGAUUCAGCUGCCCGGCUCUAACUGGCAGCAGCUGGACUUGGCAUUGCCUUGCUCCCUGCCAGGUGUGGCCAACCUCUGCCCAUGCCCGACACUCUGCAGAAUGAUCUGGAACCCUCGGGGAGCCGCUCCCCCGUGCCCCGGCCCGGCUGGCCAUAUUGGCCCAGGAGCCAGGGCUGGAGCCCGAGCCCUCCGGUUUUCUUUAAGGCACUUUGCCACCUUCUCCCUCAGUCGCACACCUGUGCUCCGGAUGGUUGGGGGCGGUGGGGGGGUGAUAUGAAUGUCACAGGAGGAGACCCCUUCUGUCUUUGUUUCAAAGAAAGUGAUGUGCCAUUUGUUAAUAUACAAGAGAAAUAUUGAAAAUAUAUUGAAAAGAGCAAUUUAAAUUAUUUUUGGCUUAUGUUGCAAUAUUUAUUUUCUUGUAUUAGAAAAGAUUCCUUUGUAGAGAAAAAAUGUAUUUUUCAUUACCGCAAAGACCUAUUUCUCCUUUUUGUACAUUGUCCAUGUUCGCACCCCUGAACGAGCAAUAGAAUGUACGGUGGCCUGCGUGUGGCUGCCGCCCGCUGUGCCCUGCAUGUUGCCGCUGCUGCCUCGCUCCCAGCCCCAUCCCGUCCUCACUCACCGGGGCGUCCGGAUCCCGGCCCCGCCAGGGCCUGUGUCUCACGGAGCCCUUUGCACUCCUCGUGUGUUGGCAAACGCAGUUAAUAAAGCAAUGUUU